GAUUUACCGUAGUUUCCCCUGUUACCGAAAAUGGAUCGGCAACUUGUUGAAUAGUUUCAGCUGUUUUUGUAUAGAAUUUUUCAGUCUUGUGCUGAAUUGAAAAGAAAACAGAAUCAAAGAGAGUGAAAAUUGGGUCUUGUCAGAUGUCAGUCUGUGGUGUGGUAAAAACGGGACUGGUAUAGACUGAUCUGGGACCCCCUAAAUCAUAACCCCUUGAAAACAAAGGCAUGUCCAGUCUUUUGCCUCUGUAGUGCUUUGUAGUCACUGAUAAGUCAUGGUACAGAUGGAUGUUUGUUUAACUUUUAAUUGCAAUGGAAAGGUGAAUUUUAAUGAUUGGGAAUUAAGUAAAGAUGGUUUAUUCUCAAGUGGAGAAGUGGAAAAUGUUUUAUAUCCACGAGAUGAACACCUUUUGUCAGAUGUGGACAUACAACUAUUUGAAUGCACUGUGUCUGCAUCAACAGUUCUGUUAGAUUUGAAACAUUACAUAAAAUGCAUGGAUAUGCAGCUGAAAAUCCUCUGUAGACAUGAGAGUUAUAGUCAAGUUUUAAAUUCUACGAUAGACAAUACUGAUUUUUAUUAUAUAAGAUGUACAGUAUCUGAAUUUGUUUCAUAUAUUCGAGCAUAUUUGAAUAGCAUAAAAUGGGACCUUCAUUCCUUGCUUGUUAUAAACGAGGACAUUGAAAAUGAGUUUAAUGCAUUAUUUGAUACUAUGAAAAGAUUCCUUAAUCGAUUAAGAAGUAUCCCAGAUGCUACAUUUCAUUAUGCGCCCUCUAAGUUGGGUAAUCAGUGCACACAACCAGAAUAUCAUAUGUACCAUAUGCACAUAGAAUUACGAUGGCUCUUUAUUUCAUUAAUGUAUACAAGAAACACAUAUUGCCAGUAUUCAAUGGAAAAUCAAUUAGAUGAAUUUGAAAACAUUCAAAAAAUGAUUAUUAAUGAUCUAAUUUAUAUUUCAUUAAAAGUGUUUGAAACGGUGCCUUUGGUAAAUUUACAACAAAAGACUCCAUAUAAUUGUACUUGUAUUCGAGAAUUAUGGCUUAUGUUUCAAGUAUUUACUGAUAACUUAUCUGAAAGAAUGAAAUCGAAGACUUUUUGGGAUUAUGUAAACGACUGUAUGGAUGAAUUAUUUAAUAGAAAUGUAUCCGACAGUAAACAAGAACCUAGAUACCAAUCUUUAAUACCUUGUAAAAAUUCUGAAUUAUUUUGUCUUUGGAUAAUAUACAAUCUUUCACUUUUAUAUGGAUACAAUAAUGAUGGUGUAUAUUUGGGAUCGAAAUGUUCAAGGAUCAAGCCUAAUUAUGAGCAACUUGAAAAAAUUUUGAAAACAUACAUCUCUAAAGGUGGAAAAGAUGGUGAAAGAGAUGCAAUUGAUGAAGAAUUACGUAUCAUGAUACCUUUAUUAAGUACUAUUGUUAUUAAUUGGUGGCAGCCACGGGUAUCAAUAAUUUCUCUUCUGUGGGAUUGCUUUCAUAAAAGAUUAGAUGAACCAUUUUUAUUACAAGCAACUGGUCCUUGGACUUUAUCAGUUGAAAAGAAAACAGCUACAGAUAUCCUUAAACAAGUAAAAGACAGAAUUAAUAAUGUAGAAUGUGUCAAAGAGUCAAGUUAUGGAAUGUUUCUACGUUUACUUGUAUAUAUUACAGGAUCAUUUUUACGAAUAAAUUAUAGUAACAGUGACAUAAAACAUUGGAACCAAAUCAAAAGUCGUAUCUAUUCAAAAUUUUCUAAAAGCAAAGUUCAAGAAUUUACUAUAACUGGUUUAUAUAAUUUCAUUUCAUUAUUUUUAACAUUAGCAAUAACUGCAGACACUACAAAUGUUUGUACGGUAAUGCUUGACCUUUUACCAGCGAUAAGAGAAUACAAUAGUGAGAAUAGCAAAAAAUAUAUCUUAAUUUGGAAAGGAAAGUUGACUGUUCUUCUCUUGUACAACGAUCUUAAGCUCAAUCUUACAAGUAUAGCUUCUCUCUAUAUAGAUACGGUAAAUACUGUAUGUUGCCGUAAAGAUGAUACUUCCCGUUCAAUGAUGAGUAAUUUUGUCGAUGUAUUCGGUACAGUCUUAUCAUCGUGUAACAUGGAAUUAGGAGAACAUUUGCUACUAAGUGGAUGGAUAGAUCGGUAUUUGUUAGAAUGUCCAAAUAAAAUAGUUGGAACAUUAACAAGAAAAUUAAUUAACGUUUUCGACAAAUGUGUUUUUCUCAUUAAUACUAAUUCCUCUAAUACAGGUUUAGACGGCGUAGAAAAGAUGUUGGUUGCUUUAUGGUGUUACGUCGCGUGUAGAGUACGGCAGCUGGUUUUUGAUCCCGCUCUUACCAGCGAUCACUACAGAGAUAUCGCAAAACUUGCUGUUGCAUUUACUUUAGAAGCACUGAGAAAUCCGACAAUAGCAAAAAAGCAUAAACAUUCAGCUAUGUCUUUAUUCCAACACUUUGCGUCCUCGAUAAUCGUUAAAGACAUUAGAAUCACAAGGUAUUAUCUUAUGCUAAUACUGGAGCGGAAACAAGCAAUUCAAGACCUAAAAAAAGAAAUAAAAAAUUUCGAUACAGUAAUUGUUCAAGCAUGGAUAAAAUGUUCUAUUAUUGGUCAUAAUACAAAUGGAGAUGAAAUAAAAAUUCUACAGAAUUAUGUAUCACAGUUAAGUGAAAUACAACAAAUGUUUGAAACAUCUAAUGAUAUUCAAGAAUUUCAAACGAGUAGAGAAUCUGUAUUAAUAUUUAUGAUGCACGCUAUGAAGAAACGAAACAUUUUGAAGACUGAACAAGAACGAAUUCAGUAUGACAUAAAAUGGAAACAAUAUUUUAAUCAUAUAGAAAAAUGGAUCCUUACACCAGUUACAGAAGAAACAAAUGAUUCUGAAUUAGCUUUGUGGAUAUACAGAUGCAUUGGGACUUUAAUUCUUUGUACCUCUACUAUGCUAUAUUCUAAAAACCAACCAAACAAUAUGUUUAAAAUAUUAUUGAAUAAGACAAUAUUAUCAGUAGAACAGCCGUUUUUAAAAAAUUUGGGAAAAAAGACAUUUUCUAUGAUACUUUUAGGCAUAGAAACCCUUAAUGUUAAAAGUGAUAUAUCUCUUCAAGUACUAAUACGAGAUCUUUUCGAUCAGUAUAUGACUCUUUUAAUAACUCCAAUUACUAAUACAAACAAUUUUAAAGUAUCUGACUCAUUACUAAAGUGUUUUAAAGAUGCAAAAGCAGAUUUUAUCCACUUGAUAUUCGAAAUAUUGGUGACGAAUUUUUUUACAAUUACUAAUGACAACUUAAUGCAUAAGCAUUCUUAUCUGGUAAUGAUCAUUCUACAAAAUCUACUUAAGGGUGAGAAAAAUUAUCCAUGUCAUAUAAUAGAAUACAUCAUAUUGAUUUGCUCACCCCAUAUUUUUGGAUGCUACAUAAAAGUUCAUGAUCAUCAUCCACAUAAACAACAAACUAUUGAUUUUAUAAAUAACGUUACUAGGAAUUCAUAUUACAAAGAAAACCGUUCAUUGCAGAAUAAGUUAAACAAUGUUAUAUCUAGUGUUGUUCAAAAAUCCUUAAUAUCAAAUCAACAUAAUACUUUUGAAUUAUUACGUUCAAUUUUACCAGCAAUGACUGAUAUAGUACAAUUUUUAUCGCCACAAAUUGAAAAUAUUUUAAGUGAUUUGGAGAAAAAUCGACGUCCAAAUGCAGCAUCAUUUAGAUAUUCAUGGAAUCAACUUGAAAAUAUUAUGAAAAAUAUGAAGAAAAAUCAAUAGUAAGUUUAAAAAAUUUAUUAAUAAAUAGUCGGCAGUACCAUUAUGAUACUUUGGUAUUAUGCUACAGAGUAAUUAUACAUGUACAUAUACAUAUGUAUGUAAAUUACAUAAACGAAUAGCUUAUGUUCGUAUGUGUAACUGCAUAUAAGUAAUUAUAUCGUAUAAAUUACAUUCACUUAAAAAAUAA